GUGUGCCUAUGUACUGUAACUUAGCUAACUUUGACCUGAGACACCCACCACGAAGGAGUCAGUAAGUUAGCCCACCAAUCAUGGCGACAUGCGGGGAAGGAGCCUAAAGUUCCCCUGGGAUCCCUAAAGCUGCAAUUUGGAGGCACUGAUCCGUUGUCACCUCCGCCAACGACAACAAUUAGCACCACACACUUUCUUGCAAUACCUCGUCGUACUGAGGCUGGCUUUGUCCUCCUGACGCAUCUGAGGCGUCCCUGGAAAGAGACCACUCGCCGAACGGAGAGGCACUGGUGCCUCAUGGCAACUCAAGUGCCGGCUGCUCUCAAGGCAGCAGACAUCACCCGCUUCGCCCAUCGCGCAGCGCAGCUUGAGAAGCCCAAGCCUAUAAUAGCAUAUUGGUGUGAAUACUGGAUAGUCAACCAGAUCUUAUCAAAAGGCCUACACAAUGCCGACCAAGAGUGCCUGGUCUACACCACGACCCUGAUGGACAAGUUGGAACAGUUCAAAGCUGAACACUCCGAAGAGCCCGCGGUUACCGACGAUAUUGCUGGCAAGGCAUAUGUUGAACAAUUCGGAUCGGAGUUAUUUGAAAGAGCAGACAAUGCUGUACGAGCAGAUAAAGCUUCAGCACAAACAGCAGAUACCUUCCUUGCCUCGGCCACCUUCCUCGAUCUCUGCCAGAUAUGGGGUCCUAUUGAUCCCGAGGUCAGCGCCAAAAUCAAAUACGCAAAAUACCACGCCCUGAGAAUUGCCAAAGCAUUGAAGGCUGGCGAAGAUCCCAAUCUCUCAAAUCCGAAGCCAGAACCUGCCCCCGAAGAUUCCCUUCCAACUCUAGAUCCCAACGACGCAGAAGUCCAAGCGUUGGAAGGGAAGCCGAGACAACCAUCACUGGUAGAGGUGCCUGAUGAAGCCGAUAAGACACAAAAUAGCCUCGCUCAGCGAUCGGUCCUUGACGAGUCACUCCAUCCAUCAAGAGAUACAUCUAUGCCACCACCAACCAAGAAAGCGCGCCAACCGUCCGUCGUCGACAUCCCAGACGAAACAGAUGUAAUUCAAAGCAACCUUGCACAUCAGUCAACCAUCGAUGAAUCUCUUCACCCUUCCCGAGCACCCUCAUUACCGCGCUCUCCAGUAAAUGAUGUCUCUCCGUUAGCAGCACAAGACGCUGCGGCAUUUUACACCAACCAACCCGAUCCGACCGACAUCUCACCUCUGGAUCCUCCUGCUGACCGCAAACCAUCUCUCGGAGGCAAUUACUUCCCUCGGCUUCCGUCACCACCAGCACCAGAACUUCCCUCAGCGCCCACAACAGUUGGCGGCCCGCCAGACCUACCCUCUGCGCCCGUAGACUUUAGUACUGGAGGUCCAGAUCUCCCUGCACCACCAUUAGACCCCUCGUUAACAUCAGCACGAAGUGUGCUAGGCGGAUUGAACCAGUCGAGCCGCCAGUCCCCUCCGCCACCGCCACAUCGACACGGCCAGUUCCUCCCACCAGCUGGACCAGGCCAAACUCCGCAGAUCCCGUCAAAUUUGCAACCACAAGCUCCGCAACCCCAAGUUCCCAUAAAUCCGCCGCAGCUGCGUCAACCUCGUGGCCCUGUGCCCCCCGUACCACAAUCGCAGGUGAUGUCGCCUAUUCAGCCAGUCAGUGCCGAGGUGAAUGAAGAAUCCAUUAUGAAAGCGCAGAAGCACGCUCGGUGGGCAAUCUCUGCACUGAAUUUCGAAGACGUGCCCACAGCGAUCAAGGAGUUGCGAGGAGCGUUGGCUUCGUUGGGAGCGACGUGAACAUACGGGGAGCAGCGGCAUUGUUCUUCCUUUGUUCCGCCAAGGACCAUCAAGGUCAAUGAGAUGACUCUUUGCUUCAGAUUAUGUGGUCGUGGUUCUGGAACGCGGUUUGGUUGCGACCC